UCCGUCGUCUACUCCUUCGACCAGCAGGUUGACGACCACGGGGUCUGGACUGCCGAGUUCGUCCAGCCGGCUUGCUGCCACCAGCCCGGCCGCACUGCUGGCCACCACACAGCCUCCCGCCCAACAGCAGGCCAUCGUCAUGGACACCCUGACACAGGACGAACAGCAGCGCCUGCUCUCGUACAGUAGCGGCCUCAUGGCCAGCCCCUCGCCCCCUCGAACUCCUCAGCGGUCGCCGACCGCAUCGGCGUCGAGUGCGGUGCCCCCCCAGUUCGCAGUGCCCCCCAAACAGAGUACUACUAACGUGCUACCUGUGCCCCCCCUGCCCCCUCCUCCCCCUUUGUCCUCGCCUACGGCGUCUACGAGCGGUGCGGCAGUGUCCGGUCCUACUAGGCCUGGCGGCCUCCUCCAGCUGGUGGGUGUCGAGUCGCCCCGUGCGGCCAAGCGCAUCAAGCUGGAGGAGCAGCCGCCAGCCAACGAGGAAGUGGCCGCCAUGCGGCAGCGGGUUUAUGAGCACCGGUGGCGGGAGCUCCGGCGCAACAAGGAACGCUACGUGGAACACCUGACAGAGCUGUUCUUCCUCCAGAAUGGGGGCAACAUGAUGGACUACUUCGCGUGGAAGCGACGGCCUACGCCACAGCUGCUGGCGUUGCUGCGGGCGCACGCGCUUGACAGUGAGGACGAAGAGGAUCCCGCCCGGUUGCUAGACACGCGGCCCCCGAGUGCAUUACUAGCUGCAGCGACAGUCUCCUCGGCCGCUGCGGUGACUACGGCCGCUGCGGCAGUGGCAGCGGCCGUGGUUACCACAACGGUUGUCGCCGGCAUGCUGUCAUCUUCGUCCCUGACGACAAUGUGCGCGGCAAGUUCCGCGACGACUGUGUCGGCGGCGGAUUCUGCAGUGGCGUCAGCUACUUCGCUUUCUGCCAUUGCCAGCCAACUUGCCGCAUCUCCUGGUCAGCCUUCGGUUCCUGCCAUGCCACCUUCCUCCGUGCCUUCCCCUGGCCCCAAGGGUCUGGCCGACCCCUGUUCCUCUGCCUCUUCCUCUAGUCAACAAACACCAUCCCCCGCCGUCCUGCGACCUCCGAGCUCGCCCAUGCGGAUGCCGGGUGGCGCAAUCCCGACGUCUAGCGGAAGCCUGCCAUCGUGCAAGGGGGGUGCGCCACGGCAACCACCGUCCGCGGCGGCGAGCUCUGCUGCUUCGGUGGCCACGCCCUCACCUUCGGCUUCCGCAGCGUCUGCCACCGCCACGUCCAACUCCUCACUAUCCCUGCCGGCGUCGCGCCUCUCCACGCGGCAGCACUCCAUAUCGGCAGUCUAUGAUUCGUCCAUCGGCUCCCAGGAGGAGAUUGUCGAGCGGGCCAAGCAGGAGGCGUAUGUGAUGCAGCGCAUCGCGGAGCUGCGCAAGGACGGCAUGUGGUCGGCGCGCCGGCUACCCAAGGUGCAGGAACCCCCCCGGGCCAAGGCCCACUGGGACUACCUGCUCGAGGAGAUGGUGUGGCUCGCCACCGACUUUGCCCAGGAGCGCAAGUGGAAGAAGGCGGCGGCCAAGAAGUGCGCUCGCAUGGUGCUCCGCUACCACCAGGAGCGCGAGCAGCGCGCUGAGCGGGCGGAGCGCGAGGAGCUGCAGCGGCUGCGGCGUGUUGCCGCCCAGGUGGCCAAGGAGAUCAAGCAGUUCUGGGCCAACAUCGAGAAACUGGUGGAGUUCAAGCAGCAAACGCGCCUCGAGGAAAAGCGCAAGAAGGCACUUGACCUGCACCUCAACUUCAUCAUGGACCAGACGGAGAAGUACUCGUCGUGGCUGCGCGAAGGCAUGGGGGCCACCACAACGAACAAAGGCAGUGCCUCUGAGGCAACCACACCGGCCCAGGCGCCUGCCAGCCCCGCUCGGUCAGGGUCCUCAAACGAUGAAGACUUCCAACCGGACGCAAGUGACUCCGACGAUGAGGAGACGAUAGACCGUGAGGAGACGACGGCGCCGACGGACCAAGAAGAGCAGAGUCGGGAGCUGGAGCUGCUUCAGAAAGAGAGCGAGCUGCCUAUUGAGCAGCUGCUGGACUCGCUACCACCGGAGAUUCUGGAGCGGCCAGCCUCGCCUCUUCCACACACCAACGGCGGGGACAACCACAAAGCUGAAGAGGAGGAGGAGGAAGACGGCGGCAGCUCAGAGCGGUCAGGAAGCCCCAUCGACGUGGAGACCACCCAGGCAGAUGAGGAAGUUGGCGGCGCAGGCGAUGAGGCGGACGUUGGCGACGACGACUUUCAGGUCGAGGAUGAGGAAGACGACGAGGAGACCCUUGAAGAGCAGGAGGAGCAGGAGAAGAGCGUGGACCACAAGGAGGAGCUGAAGGAGCUCAUGAUGGAAGGAGAAAUGCCACUGGAUGCCUUGUAUGAAAAAUACAGCGCCGCGUAUGCGAGUGAUGCCGAGGUGCCAAAUGCUGCUGGGAGCUCCGAAGACGAGGAGGACGAUGACACCGCUGACAACGAAAGAGAUACAGACAACUCUGAUGAAGAGAUGGAUGAGGAAGAAGAGGAGGAAGACAUGGACACGUCGAGCGAGGGCGAGGUACAGGAGGACAUUGGCAUGGAGUACCUGAUCAACCCUAUGUCGGAUGAAGUGGACUCAGAAGUGAAGGCGGAAAAUGUGACGGAGGACACGUCGGGCAAGGGCCCCACCAAAGAAAUCACCGACAUCGCGGCCACCGCCCAGAGCUUCCAGCCCAAAGGGAACACCCUCUCCACCACACAGGUUCAAACGAAAGUGCCCUGGUUGUUGAAGCACAGCUUGCGAGAGUACCAACACAUCGGUCUCGACUGGCUCGUCACCAUGCACGACAAGAAGCUGAACGGCAUUUUGGCUGAUGAAAUGGGCCUGGGAAAAACGAUCCAGACAAUCUCCCUGUUGGCGCACAUGGCUUGUGAUAAAGGAAUCUGGGGUCCCCACCUCAUUGUGGUGCCUACCAGUGUGAUGCUCAACUGGGAAAUGGAAUUCAAAAAGUGGUGCCCUGCCUUCAAAAUCCUUACCUACUACGGUGUCCCCAAGGAGCGCAAGCAGAAGCGACAGGGUUGGACCAAGCCCAAUGCCUUUCACGUGUGCAUCACGUCGUACAAGCUGGUCGUCCAGGACCACCAGGCCUUCAGGCGCAAGAAGUGGAAGUACCUGAUCCUCGACGAGGCGCAACACAUCAAGAACUUCAAGUCCCAGCGGUGGCAGAUGCUGCUAAACUUCCAGAGCUCGCGGCGGCUCCUGCUGACGGGCACUCCGCUGCAGAACAGCCUCAUGGAGCUGUGGUCCCUCAUGCAUUUCCUCAUGCCCAGCGUGUUCCAGUCGCACAGGGAGUUCCGCGAGUGGUUCGCCAACCCCGUCACGGGCAUGAUCGAGGGCAGCAGCGACUACAACGAGAGCCUCAUCAAGCGCCUACACAAGGUGCUUCGGCCAUUUCUGCUACGAAGGUUGAAGAGCGAGGUGGAGAAGCAACUGCCCAAGAAAUACGAACACGUGGUCAUGUGCCGGCUGUCCAAUCGGCAGCGGUACCUCUACGAUGACUUCAUGUCCCAGACAAAGACAAAGGAGACGCUGGCCACUGGCAACUUCAUGAGCGUCAUAAACGUGCUGAUGCAGCUCCGCAAAGUGUGCAAUCACCCCAACAUGUUCGAGCCGAGACCCAUCUUGUCGCCCUUCCGCAUGGACGGGCUUGUGUAUUAUACCGCCUCCAGUGUAUAUGACAUCUGUAAAUAUGACCCAUUCAAGCAUGUUAGUUUCUCGGCCCUGAACUUGCUGCUUGCCGAUGUGGAGCUGUGUCUGACAGCGUUUGCUGCACACCGCAUCAAGAAGUUCCAGACGUCGUGCCACUUUGUUGAAACCAUUGAAAGUCACCCACCCCCGCCGCCCAGGUGCCCACCCGGCAAGAUCAGGCUGCACAUCCGCACCUCGACGCCUUCAGCUCAGUCUGGAGCAGCUCGGGCAGCGGCAUCGCCCAUGGCUGCGGCUGGUCAUCACGGACCUCACCACCAGAGGCUGGUGGCUGCCUCUGGGGCCCACCACCACACCGCUGGCAUGGUGGUGCGGCCCGGCCACCAGGGAGUGCCGGGUGGCGGCACCACCUUCACCAUGGCCCGCCACGGGGCCGUGCUCACCCAGGCUCACCACCACCCCGGUGGCCUGCAGCAACAGCCGCAGCAACAGCGCCUGGUGGUGGUCUCCACGCCGGGCACCGCGACGCCGCGUGCGCACAGCCCAGUGGUGGCUGCUGCCCCUUCCUCUGCUGGCGGAGGAGGGAGCGGCGAGUACAUGCUGCAGCUGGUGCAGAAGUCCAACGCCUUGGCUGGUGCCGGUGGCCAGCCGGUGAUGGGUUCGCCCAUCACGUUGCAGAUCCAACAGCCGGCCCACGGGACUGGUCCAGCGCGGGUGGCCGUGCCGUUUGGCAUUGGUCGCAUCGUUCAGACCACGACAGGCCAGCACUUGCUGCUGACCCCUGCCCAGCAGACACCGCAGACCAUGUCUGAUGGCACUGGGGCUCUGCAGCAGCAGCACCAGACGGUCAUGCUGGCCACGUCUGCUGGCCAGACUGUGGUCAGGACCACGACGGCACUGAGCCAGAUGGGACGGGUUGUGACCAGUGCUGCGGGCAGUCCUGCUUCAACUCCAGUCUCGACCACCGCUGGUGCCAAGCCAGUCCUGCGUGUCGCACCCCUGAAUGCGAACAGUCAGACGACGCACGUGGGAGUAACCAAAACUGUAAAUGCAAAGACGACUGUGGUUGCUCCCAUGAAGUCCUCUGGUGCUACAUCGACAACGGAGUCUUCCAGCCAAAGAAGCCCAUAUUACCUGGACACACUUGAAAGCCGACGGCGGCAGCAGCGGCGCGAGAAGCUUCGCCUCCUGGGGCACACGAAUGCGUUGCGUUGCGCGGCCUGCCCGACAUACGGCCGAGACCUGGUGGAGGCAGUGACGGUUGUGCACGACACGCGGCCCGUGGUGCGGAGCCCUUGGGGCGGAACGGGAUACGUGGCCUGCCUCAAUGCACCGUCCCAGGGGGAGACGCAGCUGUGGCGGUACACGCGCACCCUACGCUCUAUGGUGCGCACACCGCCGCAGCUGCUUGAUGAACUCCGGGACAUGGUUGACAGGUUUGUCUUUGCGGUGCCGAAAGUGACUGCACCGCGGAUCGAGAUGCGCGUGUCACAUCCAUCGCCGUCCUCCAUCAAUGCCGAAAGGGUCCUCGAGGAACGACUCAGGGAUGAGUUGGGUCCUAGGUGCGCCUUCCUGCACCCCGUCAUGUGCAACCUGCAGACGCAGUUUCCCGAGCUGCGGCUAAUACAGUACGACUGUGGCAAGCUCCAAGUUCUGGACAAGCUCCUGUGGCAACUGCGGGGAGGCCAGCACCGGGUGCUCAUCUUCACCCAGAUGACACGCAUGCUGGACGUGCUCGAGCAGUUUCUCAACUACCAUGGCCACACGUACCUGCGGCUGGAUGGCAGCACGCGCGUGGAUCAACGCCAGGCCCUGAUGGAGCGCUUCAACGCCGACCGGCGAAUCUUCUGCUUCAUCCUGUCCACCCGGUCGGGGGGAAUCGGCGUCAACCUGACGGGGGCCGACACGGUGGUUUUCUACGACUCCGACUGGAAUCCCACCAUGGAUGCGCAGGCACAGGACAGGUGCCACCGCAUUGGCCAGACGCGAGACGUCCACAUCUACAGGUUGAUAAGUGAAAGAACCGUUGAAGAAAAUAUCCUGAAGAAAGCAAACCAGAAGAGGAUGCUUGGCGACUUGGCCAUCGAAGGAGGCAACUUCACCACAGCCUUCUUCAAGCAUAACACGCUAAAGGACCUAUUUGGCACUGACUUUGACCUGGCAGUUGCCGAGAAAGGCGAAGAGUCACAGAGGGAAGACAGGCCGGCCGAUUCGGAGAGGCCAGAGAAGUUUUCCUCUGUGGAGUUCGAAAAGGCACUUGGCAUGGCAGAGGAAGAGUUGGACGUCCAGGCUGCGCACACGGCCCGUGCCGAAGCGGCUGCCGAGCUGGCCGAGUUCGACGAGUCAAUCCCGUUGGACACUGACAGCAGGGACGAGGACAAGUCCCAGGCAGAGGAAGAGCUGGACAAGCUCAUGGAUCAGCUUUCGCCUGUGGAGAGGUAUGCCAUGCAGUUCCUCGAGUCACUUCAAGAACCGCUGACACUCGAACAGUUGAAGCAAGCAGAGGAGGAGAUCGAGGCUCAGAAGAAGGACUGGGAGCUGGGCCGCCUCAAGGCCAUCAAAGAGGAGGAAGAGCGGCGCGCUGGCUACCGAGACGACGAGGAGGCUCCUGCCCUGGUGUACUCGCGCGAGGAUGCCUACACGCAGGUGCCUAAGAGUGGUCGCGAGCGCAGAUCUUCACGUGGUGGUAGUGGUGGUGUCGCUGGGGCCAAAAGUGGGGCAGCGGCUGCACGCCAGGUGAACGGCACGGCAGCUGUGCCCAAGCGCACCAGUAAGCGGCGGGCAGCGGCCGCGGCCGGUGUCUCUUCCACAACUGAUAAGGUUCUGCAGCAGCAGGAGGAAGUGGUCGUGCCCCACAAGAAAAAGCGAGCUGUGUCUCCCGUGCACAAUCACCGUCAUCACCAGCUGUUGCCGCCGGCACAGCCGGAGACGACGCACCAACGCACCCGACACAAACUGGGCGCGGCCCCUUGCAAACCGUUGCAUUCUUCUGCAGCAGAAGAGGAGGUACGGCCGCAGGUAGCCAAUAAGCACCCUCCGGAGCAUAAGAACCAGGUCACCAAAAAGAUCAAGGUUGCCGAUAAACUCCACUCACCAUCCGUCAGACAUCAGCAUCCCACUGCCGAUAAGGCAAAGGUAACGGAUAGAGGUGGGGCCACUGUCAAGCCCCUAACCGUUUCAUCUGCCGACAAGGCAAGGGUUGCUGAUAGGAACAUCAGGCCUCCUCCAUCUGCCGAUAGGGUGCAGGUUGCUGACAAAGACGCCUUCGUUGUCAAACUACAUCCUCCUCCAGCCACGGAUAGAAUUAAAACGGACAGAAAUGCGUCUGCCAUCAAACUGCCGCCUCAUUCCACUUCACAGAAGGUUGUGCUUGGGGAGAAGGACCUGUCUGUGGAGCGUACACUGCCGGUCAUGAAGGUUUUGUCGGCAGGUCCUGCAGAGAAACCUAAGGCCCCGGCAGAGGCGGUGUCCCGACCUGCUAGUAAGACGCAGAUGCUAGAAAAGGCGCUGCGUAUGGGCAGCAAGGGCACGGCGCCCACCACGAAAGUCCCGGUUCCUGAGCCUGUUGGCAAUCACGUUAGUGACGCCCCCAUCGCGGAGAAGCCCGCGUCCAACAGUCCGAGUAGGACCAAAGUGCACCCGCCAAAUUCCUCCGGUGGCUCACCUACGGUGCUGAAACCGUUCUCGAAUCCUAAUCUGGUGAUUCGAACGAGAAGAGCACGUGCGGCCGAGACCAAUCCCGAAGCUGCCAUGCCCAAGGCUGUGAAAACUGAGCCAAAGCAGAUGCCACCAAAGCAGCCAGUUCCAGAUUCCGAGUCAGCCUUGAAGGUCAAAGUUGAAGAGCCAGAAGGAGUGGCAGAGGAACAAACUGUCUUUGAGGAGGUUGUCACAGAGGCUGUGCUUGACGAACAGCAGGAAGUUGUUGAGGAGACGAUCGAAGAAAUCUGUAGUAGAUGAGAGCGUUGAGGAAAUGUCUGUCGAUGUCGUUGAGGAGACUGCCGUCGAACAGAAUGUCGAGAGUUUGGCAGUGGAGGAGGUGGCAGCGGAAGAGGGUGUUGAGAUGGCUGCUGAAGGCGGCGUUGAAGGAGGUGGCUGUAGGGCAGGUCGUACUGGCUGGAGGUGAGGGGGAGAUGGCCCACACCUGAGGAGUACAGUUUAGAGGAAGAGCAGGUAUACGAAUUUGUGCUGGAUCCGGAGCUUUGCGAGGAGAUAGGUCCUGACCUUCUGGCCGAAUUUGUGUCCAAACUGACACCUGAGCUGUUCUCGCGGCUAGCGGCGGGCGAGACUGAUGCCGACAGUGGGGAGGGGGCAGAUAUGAGAGCUCUAGAAAUCUGUGUUGAGAAGGCAGAAGAAGAGAAAGAUGUAUUACCGAGUCUAGUUGAAGUUCAGGAGGUGGAAGAAGAGAAUGCCGUGGAGGUACCUCUGGAGGGGGAUGAAAAUUUCGUGGAUGUGGAUGUCCCCAUCGAGGAAGAACAUGCCGAAGUCGUUAUAGACGAUCGGGAGCCGGAGGUUGCGGAUAUUGAGCUCGACUUGGAUCCCCUGGUCGUACCAGUGGUGGGCGAGGUAAUCAUGGAUAGCCUGGGUCCAGACUUGGUCCCGCCGCCCGCCGAGACGACAAUUGUAAUAGAAUCCACCGCUGACGAUGACGACGAGGUGGUGCCCCGACAUAAAACGAGGGGGAGCAGUGGUCGCUCUCGGCGGCGGCACCGGCAUUCGAGAAGCUCGAGGCGUAGCAGGGAGUGAACAACU